ACCUCGAGUGGACUUCGGCGGCUUCCGUAGGUGUGUGAGUGGUCGGACUGUGACGCAGAAGCGCUGAACGGGCAGAACAUUUCUACUGUCAAGAUGGCGACAUCGGAGCCGAAAGCACCUGAAACUGAAGAACAACAAACUGACAGCCAAGUCGUUGCGAAUCCUGAGCAGUAUAUCAAGCACCCCUUACAAAACAGAUGGGCCCUGUGGUAUUUCAAAAACGACAAGAGCAAAAGCUGGACGGAGAACUUGCGUCUUAUUUCGAAGUUUGACACAGUGGAAGACUUUUGGGCAUUAUACAACCACAUACAGCAACCAAGCAAACUUGGCUUUGGCUGUGAUUACUGUUUAUUUAAGGAUGGGAUCAAGCCAAUGUGGGAGGACGACAGGAACAAGCUGGGCGGCCGAUGGUUGAUGACCCUCAAUAAACAACAGAGACACAAUGACCUAGACCGCUACUGGAUGGAGACGCUCUUGUGUUUAGUCGGUGAGUCGUUUGACGAGGCAAGUGAAGAUGUUUGUGGAGCUGUGGUUAACGUCAGACCUAAAGGUGACAAAAUAGCCAUCUGGACGAGCAACUGCCAAAACAGGGACGCCAUCAUGACGAUAGGGCAAAAUUAUAAAGAGCGUCUGAACCUCCCAAUCAAAGCCAUGAUCGGCUACCAGUCACAUGACGACACAUCCAGCAAGAGCGGAUCCACCACCAAGAACAUGUACUCCGUUUGAACCCCCCCUCCCAAUUUCAACUGGCUGUAGAUUUAAACAAUUACCAAACUGCAUCAUCACAACAAUAAUUUUUGAGUUGUCAACUUGUCUUUUCCUUUUAUUGAAAAGAGAUUUGUUCUUGUGUACACCUGGAGCUUACCCCAAUAUGAGAAACAAGUGGGGCAAUCGUUAGAAAUAGGGAGGAGGCCUAGGAGGAAAGGAGAAGAGGAACACAAAUGAUUUGCUUUUAGAGUUGACGAGUUCUGUGAUUAAUACCAGUGAUCUCCCCUAGCUUAGCUAAGAACAAGCUUUUUUUCAGUACUUAAUGACUUGGAGUUGCAAAAAAAACAAACAUCUUUCUUAACUUAUAUAGCCUUGUUUUUCUCACUCCUUACAAAAAGUGUUUCUCACCUCGCAGGAAAAGAUGGUAGGCAACUUAUCCUUUUCACAGAACAAAUUUUAAGGACAAUUUUAACUUGAUUUAUCCAGAAGUGUUAACCAUGAGUUGGGUUUUUCAGACGCACCUCCUUGAGGAAUCUGCAGUAUCUUAAAGUUGUGUAAAAGCUGUGGUCACAAUCCGAAGUAAAGGGUUUGGAUUUAAGGCCACUUGUCGUUUCAGCCAUGCUGGAAUUGUGGAAUAUUGCUUGUAGAACUCUUUGAACUUUUUUUCUUCCCCUUACAUUUAUUUAUAAUGUAUGCAUUGCAGUUGAACUACUUAGUUGAAAGACAACCAUGAAAUUAGUGUUUAUUCAAUUUUUCUUUUCUUUUUUCUUUUCUUUUUUUGUUUGAGGUCAAUAAUGUGGACUACUGCAUAUAGAUGACUUUUUUUUUUACAGUGUACCAUACAGUAAAGAUGCUGACAGAAUUAGGUGUGCUUUUCACUGUUUUCUUCCUAACAAAAACUGUAGAUAAUGUCGCACUCCUCUCUUGGUUGAUGCAAAGGAAAGAUGAUAUUCAUUGUGAAAUGAUUUUGCUCAUAAUGUAUCUUUAUUAUCUGUAAUUCCAGGAUGUAUAUUACCUUCUUUCAAGUAAAGGUUAAGUGCUUUGCAUUAAAACCAGAAUUAUGUUGCCUC